UCAACUUCUGCCAAUAGAAAGAAACGUUGACAUUUUUUUUUUUUUUAAAUCUGAGUAACAAAACUCUCGGCCUGUUUUCUGCGCCAGUUAUUCACUCUGCACAGCUGAUGGACUUUAUCUGGUGAUUAACAGCAUCUAAUGGGAUUAAAGAGACUCGAGGCGUCUAAAAACACGGUCAAUAGUUCAAACGUCCGCCAAGUGCAUUUUUACAAAUGACAAAUGAAAACCGCGCCGGCGGAUGCAAAAACGUUUUUUGUGUGAACGGUCCCUUAGACAUUUGAGAAAACGACACAAGUUUUUUGGCGCAUAGUUGAGCUUAAUUCUGGAUAAAAAAAUAAAAAUAAAAAAAUACUUGUGGAGUUGUUGUUUGGAGAUGUGCGAUUGCCUCUUCGUCUGCCACGUUUGAAGACGCAAACAAGGCGAAACUGUCAAGUUCCUCUAAACAAAGGCAUCAUAGAUUACAACACAUGAUUGUUUAUGAUUAGUAUGAUGUUUUAUGAACCUUUGCACGAAUGCAUUUUUCUUUAAACUAGACCAUGAGUCAUCUUGAGUGACUUUCACUGCUUUAAUGCUAUUGAACUUAAGCAGAAGGAUAAAAACACUCCUUACAGAAUGCUGGACUAAGGGUACGGAAGAUGGCAUCUGCGAUUUUUGAGGGCACAUCCCUGGUCAACAUGUUCGUGAAGGAUUGCUGGGUUAACGGGAUCCGCAGACUCAUUAUAAGGGGAGAGGAAGAGGAGUUCUUUGAGAUAAGGACCGAAUGGUCGGACAGAAAUAUUCUAUACCUGCACAGAAGCUAUUCGGACUUGGGAAGACUUUUAAAAAGACUUGUAGAGUGUUUCCCGGAAGAUAGAAGUGAUUUAUCCAAGUCUCCUCUGAUAGAAGGACUUGUGAAGGUUAAAGAGGCGAGAGACAUUGAGACUAAGCUAAAUGAAGUGGAGAGACUAUUGAAGAAUGCCAUCAACAUGCCAUGGAAGUUUUCUAGGUCAGAGGUUGUCUUAACAUUCUUUGAACGUUCACCGCUAGAUCAAAUCCUGAAGAAUGAUAAUGUCCACAAGAUUCUGCCAUGCUUUCAGAGUCCAGUUAAGAUUUCAGAGAUCAUGAGGUCUAAUGGCUUUUGCCUGGCAAACACAGAGACCAUUGUGUUUGAUGAGAGCGUUCCACUGGACAAAGAGCGACCUUCCUCCACUGACUCAGCCCAGCACUCGUAUGAUGAAGAUGGAAGAGAAUCCCUGGAUCCUGUGGAUCAAGAUCUGAGUGAUGACGACCCAGAGGCUUACGUCACUAACCUUUCCUACUACCACCUGGUUCCCUUUGAAACAGAUAUCCUGGAGUGAUGCGUACAGUUCUGCAUGGGCAGAAACUUACUGGGGCGUACUGCACCCCACCUCCCCUACAGCGAUGGGAAUGCUCUGCAGUUUAGAUGAUUCUGCUGCUCAGUAGUGUUUCUGAUGGCAGUAAGAGAAGGAUAUUUUUAAAAUGCAUAGAUUACCACUUACUUAAUGAAGCAACUCACUGCAGUCUGUGUUGAUCAGAUUUGCUAGUCUGAGCCCACAAUAACACUCACCUAUGUGCCUCAUUCUUCAACUUAAAAUCAAGCUGCAGACAAGACACCAUAAAAGGAACAAACAUAAGGAUUAGGAAGAAUUCUGCUAUUUCUGGAGUACAGAUUUGUGGAGGGCUGGAUCACUGGCUUUUUAUUUAAAGUCCGGGCUGCAUUGACCUUUUUAGGAGUUGUGAUUCAUUUGACCUGUUUUUCCAAGGCUUGAUUGCCAGAAAACCUGCCCGAAUUUUAUUCUCCAGAAAGAGUCUAUGCUGUGAGACGCUUUCUGACAAUCCUGUGACUUUGGUUAUGUUCUCUUUGUAAAUGCAGAAGAAGAUCAGCAUAAGAAUUUAUAAAUAUGGAAGACACAAUUGUAAUGGAACUCAUUGGAACUUACAGACUGGAUUAAAAUAGCCAAAUACUUGGUAUUUUCUUGACAAAAAAAAAAUCAGCCCUGCUGUUAUGGCAGACUGGUUCUAUUGAACUGGCUUCCUUAGUGAACUUUCACACACUCCUCCCAAAUUUGUCCUUUAGUUACAUAUUGUAUAAUAAAAGGUUAAUUUCA